AUGGCGUGUGCGAAUACAAAAAUCUCUGCAGUAGAUUCUCUUGUUUUAGGGGCUAUCCAGAUUAUGAUUGGCAUCUUUAGUGUUUUCAUGUGGUAUUUCCUAUUGAUUUUGUAUAUAGGACAAAUUAAAGGAGUCUUUGGGACGUAUGAACCAUUAACUUACAAAACAGGAUGUGCUUUAUGGGGAAUUUUUUUUGUCAUUUCAGGAACCUUCAUAAUAAAAGCAACAAAGAAUCCAACUCGAUACUUGAUUGUAUGUACUUUGAUCAUGAACAUCUUCUGCAUGAUUUCUACAGUUACUGCAAUAGGUCUAACAAUAGCUGAGUUGUCUGUUUUUAAUACUGUGUCAUAUAGGAAUUAUGGACAAGCAAAACUUGGGAGGGAAGUUUCACGUAUUUUACUGGUCUUCUACCCUUUGGAAUUUGCUGUUGCACUUACAUACUCUAUCAACUGCUGUUUGCUUUUGGUAGAAGUCUUACUGGCUCAAGGCCAUGUGGGAAUUAAAGGUAAAAAGACUUUCGCUGAUACUAACCUCGUAGAAAAGUGGAGAAGGCUUGAUGGAGAAGUCUCUAGAGGCACCCAGGGAAACAGCCUGCGGUUGUUUUCGGGCUCGGCGAGGUCCACGGGCGGUACCAUGCUGACACAGGCAGGAAAAGGCUUACCUGCGUCAGCUGCCGCCGCCACACCUCCUCCCUUACCCACGUUCUAG